AACUUUCCUCUUUUUUUUUCAGAUCUGAGACAAAAUAUUAUUUUUUAAAAAAGGCUCCAGGUAUGGAGGCUGUUGCAAAGCAUGAUUUCAAUGCAACAGCUGAUGAUGAGCUGAGCUUCAGGAAAAAUCAAGUCCUAAAGAUCCUCAAUAUGGAAGAUGACAUGAACUGGUACAAGGCUGAGCUUGAGGGGAGAGAAGGACUUGUUCCCAGUAAUUAUAUUGAAAUGAGACCUCAUGAUUGGUAUUAUGGAAGGAUAACGAGAGCAGAUGCAGAGCGACUUCUGCAGAACAAACACGAGGGUGCUUUCCUGGUCAGGGUGAGCGAGAGCUCUCCUGGUGACUUCUCCCUUUCUGUCAAGUGUGGAGAUGGGGUACAACACUUCAAAGUGCUCCGGGACCCCCAGUGCAAGUUUUUCCUAUGGGUCACCAAGUUCUCCUCCCUCAACGAACUGGUUGAUUAUCACCGUUCCACGUCCAUCUCCCGCUCCCAGGUCGUCAUGUUGCGAGACAUGGUUCCUGAAGAGUUCUAUAGCAUGGAGGACUCUGAUUUCAAGUGCAAUUUGCAGAUGUUGGUGCAAGCAUUGUACGACUUCGUCCCCCAAGAGGCAGGCGAGCUGGAAUUUAGAAGAGGGGAUGUGAUCACCGUCACAGAUCGUUCCGACCAGAACUGGUGGACAGGGGAGAUUGGGAACCGGAGAGGGUAUUUCCCUGCCACCUAUGUCACUCCAUACCACUCAUAG